UAUGGAAUUGAAGUCGAUGGAAACAGUAGAAAUGCCCAUUUUCGGCAGCACUUUAAAGCUAAUGAAGUUCUGGUCCUAUCUCUUCGUUCACAAUUGGCGUCGAUAUAUGGCAAUGGCUCCAUACAUGAUAAUCAACUGCACUCAGUAUGUGGAUAUAUAUCUGAGCACCGAAUCCUUGGAUUUCAUCAUAAGAAAUGUAUAUCUGGCUGUUUUGUUUACCAACACCGUGGUUAGAGGUGUAUUGUUGUGUGUGCAGCGAUCCAGUUAUGAGCGAUUUAUUGAGAUGUUGAAAAGCUUCUAUAUAGAAUUGUUGGAGUCUGAAGAUCCUUUUAUUGCCUCAUUGGUUGAAGAGACCACACGCAUUUCGGUUUUCAUAGGAAGAGUUAAUUUGAUGAUGGGCUGUUGCACCUGCAUUGGCUUUGUUACCUAUCCCAUUUUUGGUUCAGAAAGAGUACUACCUUAUGGCAUGUAUUUGCCCACGAUUGAUGAGUACAAGUACGCAUCUCCGUAUUAUGAGAUUUUCUUUGUGAUCCAAGGCAUUAUGGCUCCCAUGGGCUGUUGCAUGUACAUUCCUUACUCAAAUAUGGUAGUAACCUUUACCCUUUUUGCCAUACUUAUGUGUCGAGUUCUGCAACAUAAGCUGAGGAGUUUAGAAAAGCUGAAAGAAGAGCAAGUUCGUGGGGAAAUUAUUUGGUGCAUUAAAUAUCAGCUUAAAUUAACAGGAUUAGUGGACUCCAUGAAUGCCUUGAAUACCCAUCUUCACUUGGUUGAGUUCUUAUGCUUUGGGGCCAUGCUAUGUGUUCUACUUUUCUCGCUUUUGAUUGCUCAAACAAUUGCCCAGACCGUCAUAGUUAUUGCAUACAUGGUAAUGAUAUUUGCCAAUAGCGUAGUUCUCUACUACGUGGCCAAUGAACUGUACUUUCAAAGCUUCGAUAUUGCCAUUGCUGCCUAUGAGAGCAAUUGGAUGGACUUUGAUGUGGACACACAAAAGGCUUUGAAGUUUCUCAUAAUGCGUUCACAAAAGCCCUUGGCGAUUUUGGUCGGUGGCACCUACCCCAUGAACCUGAAAAUGUUACAAUCUCUUUUAAACGCCAUCUACUCGUUGUUCACCCUUCUACGUCGGGUUUAUGGCUAAGUUUCCUUUCGCUUACAAGGUUAUCCUUUGGCAGCCUUGAGAGGACGAACAAUUGCCACAAUUGAUUGCAUUUAAGGGGGAAACGUUCUCCUCCAAGGAUAUUGCAAUUGCGGUGCAAUUGGAUUGUUGCAAAUGCAUUCGAGGCAACUGCAACACGUCUCCGAAAUAUUCCAAAGGAGCUACCAACGAAAUAAACUAUAAUAAAAUUGCUUCUCUGGAUCCUUUGUUGCCAUUUCGGCCACAUCUUCUACUGGCAGUUGACCACGAGCGCUUCCUUUUGUUG